GUAACAAAAAAAAUAAUCCAAAAAUGUAAAAAGUUGCUCCUUUUACAGAUCGAACCCAGAAACAGAUAAGGUAGGAAGAACAUUCAAGGUAUAUUUCAGGGUUGUUCAUACAUUUGACGUCAGGGCUGAGGCAAACGAUUUUGGAGUUAUUGGUUGCAAUUCGAACGCCGUUUUCUUUAACCCUUCCUCGCAUUGAGGAUCGUCAUCGUCGUUGAAAUCAGAGUGAGAGCAACAAAAAUGUCAGGCCCUCAGUGCUGCUCGAACCCACCGUCUCUAAACCCCUCCAGUGGCGCCGGCCAUGUCGAACAACUCGGCGGCCUCAGCACCUAUGUCAGUGGCGCCCCCGACUCCAAAAACGCCGUCAUUUUCAUCACCGAUGUCUAUGGAUAUGAAGCUCCACUCUUAAGGAAGCUAGCAGAUAAGGUUGCAGCUGCUGGGUUCUUUGUGGUUGCUCCUGAUUUCUUCAAGGGAGAUCCAUAUGUUGCAAAUGAUCCUAAUAGGCCAAUUAAAGAGUGGCUACAAGAACAUGGACCUGAGAAGUCUUUCGAUGAUGGGAAGGCAGUCGUCGAAGCUCUGAAAAGCAAAGGUAUUUCGGCGAUCGGAGCGGUCGGCAUUUGUUGGGGUGCCAAGGUUGUGGUUGCACUUGCGAAGGUCGAGUUGAUUCAAGCUGCUGUGUUGCUUCAUCCGUCUUUGGUUACUGUCGAUGACAUCAAAGAGGUAAAAGCUCACGUUUCAGUGCUAGGGGCGGAGAUCGAUCAUAUGUCUCCUCCAGAACUCUUGAAACAGUUUGAAGAGGCCUUGGCUGCAAAGCCUGAGGUUGAUGGGUUCGUGAAGAUCUUUCCGAAAGUCUCUCAUGGGUGGACUGUGAGGUACAAUGUUGAAGAUGAAGAGGCGGUCAAAUGUGCAGAUGAGGCUCAUGGAGACUUGUUGGCUUGGUUUACUAAGUACCUUAAGUAAUUGAUGAACUGCCAUUUCAAGCCUUAUUGCUAUUGACACUGUGUGUUGUUUGCCCUUUUACUGUUUAAGCUUUUAGAAUAAGAAGUUUGGAAUAAAUUUGGUACAGCUCUCUUUUCUUUUU